AGUGGCCGCUCGCGAGUCAUGGGCCCCGGCCUCUGCUACUGGGGUGAGCCUGGCUCCGGGGCACGGUUCCGUACGGACCCGGGUGGUCGCUACCACGACGUUGGGGCCGUUCGCCAAGGGAAAGGGAGGGGUUCGGCUGCUCUGCUGACUGCUGCGGAGAACUCGCCGCUCUGCUUGAGUCGAGUAUCCGUAGAGAGGAGAGGGAGACAUUAA